AUUACUAGAGAAUAGACGAAAAAAAGGGGGAAGGGGAGGAAGUACGACUACGACGGUGUUUCUUAGUAUUCAUCCCCUCUCGAUAAUGUCCCAGAAAGGAUAAGAUAAAUCCCAAGGAUUUGAUUUUAUCGUGGAAUGGCACGUGGAAGCGAUAGGUCUUGAGGUACUUACGAUAUUGUGGAGAAUAUGAGGAUGGACUCUGGUCGGCUGUUGGGGGGUGGACGCACGAGGGGAUCCAACGACUUCAGGGUCAACAGAUGACUCGAUGAAAUACAGUGACAAAUUACGUGAUUUCAACGACUUCGUUGGAAUAAUCGAGGGAAAGAAUAUGGGACAGUCUCACAGUGCUGAUGGAAGGUACAAGUUGAGGAGACCAAGCUUCAAGCAAAUCACUAUGGGGAAGAGACGACUUAAUAAUUCGAAAAAUUUGUCACACACUUUUUCCUUUCCACAAGAAGCUAUUAAGCCUCAACAAUUGAAUAUCAACACAGCUACCGAGGAAGAGCUUAUGACACUGCCUGGUAUAACCCGAAAUAUAGCAGUAAAUAUUGUCAGCCAUAGAAGAUUAAUAGGUAGAUUCAAUAGAAUUGAGGAUGUUGCUCUAGUAUCCGGUGUUGGUGCCCAAAAAUUGGAGAAUAUUAAAUUAGAAGUUUACGUUACAUCAGUCAAUGGUAGUGGUACGUCCUCGAGGGCCUCAACAACAUGGGAUUCAAUGGGAAAUACUGAGAGCCCUGUUGAUGUUAAUUUGGCGAGUGUUUUUGAUUUGCAAACACUACCUGGUGUCGAUCAGGAAUUGGCAUCGAGAAUUGUUGAGAAACGAACAAAACAUGGCUGCUACCACUCUCUCGACGAAUUAGCUAAAUUACGAGGAAUGGGUAAGCAUCGUUUUGCCAUGCUUAAGCCACAUUUGAAGAUCAACAUGUCGAAUGGUUUAGUGAUGAGAACCCCCAGUAAUGACAGUACAUCACCCACGUGGGAUAUACCUCAGGCAUCGAGUACUCCGAGGCUUAAUAAUAUUGGCAGGAAGACUGACCGGAUAAAUCGAGAUGAAUUGACGGAGCCAAUAGUGCCAGAAAGCGAUGACAACGACAAACACUUCGAGCUCAAUACAGGAAUAUCUGAAAAAGAAAUAUGGGAGUUACUCAGCAUAGCAAGUCCUCGUCCAAGUUUGCGUUUCGACUGCAUCCACAGAUCAUUCGCGAGAAAAACAAUGAGAAUAGCGUCCUGGAACUUGACGUGCUUCACAGCUGAUAAGGCCAGCAAUCCAGGUGUCAUGGAAGUUGUGUGUCGUACUAUUCUUGAAAAUCAAAUAUCUUUGUUGGCACUCCAGGAGGUGAAGAGUGUCGAGGCACUCGAUAUAUUAACCAGUGAACUUAAUACACCGACUCUUAAAAGAGUCAGGGAUUGGCGUGAGAAUAAGAGAAAAUGGCAAUCGGUGCAUCUUGGUGCUGGGCUUGCUGUAUUGUGGGAUGCUAAUUCCAGGAUGAACAUCACUCUCAGGGAACAGCCACCGGCUACCAAAGUAUUUCUUCCUGUUCUUGCCUCUAUGAUAUUCCAUAUCAAUAAAAUAGAUUUGACUAUAAUAAACGUCCAGAUGCAUGGGCCCGACGACAUGAAGAUAAUUGAAAGAUUCUUGGACUCCAAAAAUUCAAUAUUUCUCGGUGAUUUUUCGUGGACAGACGAUGCAACAAACUGCGGUAGUAAUAACGUAAUCCUAGACACCAAUACAGCUGUCAAUUCGGACAAGAAUUUCUACAAAGACAGGAUAAUAUGGCGUGAGGAUUCAACUCAGUUAUUCGACACUGGUCUCCAUCGAGUGGUGAGACAGGGGCUCAUGCACUUGGGGAUACCUCAGGGAUGGAGAUGGGGUGGUCCAGCUUCCGAUCAUUGUCCAGUUUGGUGUGAAAUAUUUACAGAACCCAACGAAAUGUGAUACACUUCCAUUUGUCUAUCCUCACUCCCUUUCAAAACGGAAUUUUAUUUUCACCUUCAAUUUGUAAGGAAAGGAAAGUUAUAUUUAUAAUGGAUUUUUAUUUUUAAUUCCAAUUUUUUUAGAUUUCUCUGGUUUUAUUCGAUGAAAAGUGCAAUAUUCGAAUGACUAUUUCAUGUUGAUUAUGGAUUUUCAUUACAUAUAAUGUAUUUAUACGCCUCGAUGAGGUUAAAAUUGAAUUAUUUCUGUGGUGGCGUGGUCGAACAGGGAUAAAUAUGAUUUUUUUUUGUAUUUAGGCCAAAUUAAUAACUCAUCAGAUAAAUAAUUUGUUGAAUUUGGAACUAAAAUUGAACAUUAAUUUCAGAUGUUAAGAUAUUGUAAAUAACCUUAAAUAAUUAUAUAUUGUGUGAAAUGUAGAUGUGACGAUGUAGACCGUGUGCUCGGGAACAGUCCACGAUAUAAUGACCACAACCCAUGUGCCAACUCCUCUAGACACAGAAUUCCACCACCCAAUUCCAUCUUGCAACAAUUAAGUCAGAAUUCAAGUUAUUGCUAAUUUUCGGAAAAUCUGGACAAUUCAACAGAAAAUUUUCCUGUAUUUUGAGAUAUCGAGAUAUCCAUCAAGGAUUAAACCUCGAGAUUAGUUAACACACCUCAUUCUAGCACGUCACUACAGAUAUCACCUCACGAGAACGAAAAUGAAACAGUAUUCCAGAGUAUUUUUAUGACUUGAAAUGUUUAAAUGCCAACAUUUCAUCAAUUGACACUAGGAAUUAUUUACAAAACAUCCAUCAACAAUUUUAAAUAGUUAAUCGAAGUUUUACAUGAAAAUAUCCUCUAAAAUUGAAUCCAAAAUCUGCAGUGAAAAACAGUGGUUAUAUUUUUUGUCCUCCAAAAUAAGGAAAAAAAAAACGAAUUCCAGAUGAUUAAACAUCCAAUUUUCGAUGAUCCUAUAUUUUUUUUAAAUAAAGGGAUCGGAUACUUUAUAAAGCUGCAGAUGAGCAAAUGUACAUAGUCUUUGCAGUUGCCAACAGAUCAUGUAUCAAUCAAAUUAUGAUUAAUUUUACAACUUUUCAAUCGAAUAACUCGCAGAUCCUGACUUCCUCGAAUUAUGGUACAAGUAUUUCAAUUAUAAUAAUGAUAUUAUUAACAAUCCAAAUGAAUUCCUCCCUCGACUUUGGUAGAUUUAAUGAACCAUUAGAUGAAAUCAAUGUUGCUUACCAAUGGCCUCACCACGUACUCAAUACGAAUAAAUAUAAAAAACAAGAGAGAGACAUUUAACAUGUAGCAGUAUUCUUCUUUUUUCGUCUCAAUGGAUAAAAAAGAAGAAUAAAGACUGACUAUUUCGAUUGUAACGAAUGACAACAAUGCGAUGCUGGUAUGUCGUAUUAAUGAAACUGUAUUAUAAUGUAAAAUACAAAUGAAAUAUUUUCCUAUUUGUCUCUUCUAUUGAACCCCGCAGAUUCAUCGAAUAAAACUCUGAUUUAUUUUUAAA